ACACUAUUAAAUAAACUAAUUUUGAAUUGGCAUAAAUUGACAAAUUUGUCAACUAAAAUUUUUAUUCUUCAAAAUUAAUACAAAUAUUUAGUGAAUCAUAUUUCUGUGAUAUAUACAUUUUCUUUUAAAAUGGCUGUGUUUAAUCCCUUCGAUCCCUUAAAAAAUGUCACACCUCGGUUUACAGAAGAACAAUUAAACGAAAUAAUAGAGUUUUUUGAUGAGAAAGCCCAACCUUUAUUAACAAUAGAUGAUGGAGAACCUAUUAACGUAAUAUCUAUUGAAACUUUUAUAGAAUUCCUGGGAUUAAAAAAGUAUCAUAGACGACAUUUUAGUUACCCUACGUAUAUGGAAAUAAUGGCUGACGCAGAACUUUUAAAGGCCGGAGUAACGAGAGUAUUGACGAAGGAACAAAUUAUUUACAUGUUAGAUAAACGAAUUAUAGAGGCAGAAAUCAAACAUGAACUACUAUUAGCCUUUCAAGUUUUUGACACAGAAAACAGAAAUUUUCUAGAACUUGGAGAAUUAGAAGCUAUAGUUACUGGGUACGGAGAUGCAUUCAAUAGAGAAGAAACUUUAGAACUGUUGCGUGAUGCGAAUGUACGUGGAGAUGGAAACAUAGUUUAUGAGAACUUUGUUGAAAGUUUAUUUGCUAUGGCGCCAGAACUCUACGAAAUAACGAUUUUCUGUAUGACGAUCCCGAUGAAGAUCCAUCAGUCCCGCCACUUCCUCCGGAACCGGAACCUGAGCCGGAACCCGAGCCUGAACCUGUUGUUGAACCACCUCCGCCCCCACCUCCUCCUCCUCCACCUCCACCACCAGCAAAAGGAAAAGGAGCAGCGAAAGGAAAAAAGAAAUAACAGAACAGUUUACAACAUAGAUAAUAAGGUACCUCUAUAGUAUUUUUCAAAUUUCAAACUCGAUGGGUACGGCAUCACCAUCACCCAUAUGUAUAAGUUUAAAAUACCAAAUCUUGGAAUCUGCGUAGGCGGCUUUAAGCAUAA